GUUUCCUAAUCUAGGGGGCCAGAGGCCAAGUCUCUAUCUCUAUAAAAGUUACCUGGGCCCAGGGCCUGUCACUGGUUCCUGAAUCUCUUCAUAGCCCUAUUCACCUGCUUCUCUCUAGGUUUCUGGAAAAUUUGUGAAGAUGACUGAUCUGGAAAAGUCCUGUGAGAUGAUAGUUAAUAUCUUCCACCAGUACUCUGUAAGGGUGGAUGAUUUUGACACUCUUUCCUUCAGUGAGUUCAACAGGCUUGUGAAGGAGCAAUUUCCCAACUGGCUUGGGAAAAUAAAGGAUCCAGAUUUUUCCAGAAAGACCUUUGAAAGCACGGAUAAAAAUAAAGACAAACAGAUCAGCUUUCGGGAGUUCGUGAACCUGUUGGUCCCACUGAUAGAGGCUACUCAUGAAACUGAGAAUCUACCCAUCCAUCCCUCUCUCACUUCUCCAGAUGAGGCCCCUCUUCAAACCAACCAAAAUUCUGAAUAAUGGGAGGAUGAGGUUUGAUAAUAAAAGAGGUUCCUGAAAAUUC